CUCGGGAGCUCGUCGCGACUGUGUGUCUGUCAGUGAUAAGUGAUUGUGAUCGCGAGUGUACUUGUGAUUUGUGUUCUUUUCACGAUAUACUCACAAAUUAAUAAGAAUAUGACAUAGUGUUCAACUAAGUGUAAAUGAAAAUGCUUAACGUAAUGACUUUUCGGUGUAAGCGUGCGUCCGCUGCGGCGGUCAGCGCGUUUCUGACGAUUGUAGUGUGUGCUACGUUUGAAGUAAGCUCGGUAGAGGGGAGGCAAGAACCACACAAGUUCACCAUAGAAGAAUUGUUAUCUACUCAUUUUGAACACAAGGACUCUGGAGAUCUUGGAAUGGAUCCUUGUAAAGCUGAUAACUUCCAAGGGGACAUUGCAAUACCAAGCGUGGACUACUUCAAACCUCCAACGAGUGCUCCAGUUAACAAGAUAAACAAAUCACUUCAAGAAGAAGUGGAGAGGUUGAAGAAAGAGGUGCUACUAGAGGGACUGCAGGUAGAAGAGGAGGGACUACCAGACAUAUUGAGGAAGAGGACCAAACAACCUCUGCCGUUAUCGCAAGAGAAGCCUAAGAAGUACAAUGAAGCUGUGCUGAUGACAAAGGCUUUACCUCCAGGCUUAGACAAAUCGCUGUUGUUAAAAAACGGCAAAUUACCCCCAGAUGAAAUGUUAGAUAAUUACACUAAUUCGUUUAAUCAAACGAAAUCGGACCACUUGAACCAAACAACGGUACAAGAUAAUCUGACUGAAUCAGAGAGUUUGGAACAAGAUGGAGUCCUUGUAGUAAACGUAUCAACGAACCACAUACUUAAUUUAGACGAGUUCUAUCCUAAUCUACAAAUCACUAAUGUGUCUAACAAAAUGGAUGAGAUCACUAAUAAGAUACAGAGCAACAGUAGAGAAAUUACGGGAGAUUCUAAAAAUAACAUCAAGUUUAAGGGUAUGCCUGAUAACAUCACUGUGGCUCCUGCUCCCACUAAUGGGGUUUUGCCGUCGAGCGAGCAGGACGAAGAGAAAUUGAUAAACAAGACAGAUUUAGAAGAUGGGAAGUUGUCAGAGCCUAAUUUGUUGAGGCCAACGGAGAGUCUGCAGAACUUAAUGGAUGAGACUGGUGGGAGACGGUACCGGCGGAGGAGACGGAGACACGGUAAUGGAAGACGGCUCAGAAAUAUCCACUCAAGCGAAAGAUCAGGACAAAACACGUUAAAUUCUGCUGAAAAUAAAACAACUUCUCAAUUCGUAAGGAAAAAAUUUUUUCGUCACCACAAGAAGCACAGCAGUGGUGAAAGGACUGAAAAGAAGUUCGAAAUUCCUGAACAUGAGUUCGAAGAGAGGUUCGAACUGAAACCACCUCCAAAAAACAUUUUGAAUGCGACAGAAACACACAAUUUUGACAAUUGGUUUUUUCGCAACGAUACAGAUGACUUAGAAGCGGUUGAAAGUAAUUAUUAUAAUGGCAGUGAGGUGGCAAAAAAGCGUCACCGUUCAAUACGUGCAGCAACGAAUAGGAAGGAAAGAAUUUGGGAGCAUGGCGUGAUUCCAUACGAGAUCGAUGGGAACUUCAGUGGCGCUCACAAGUCACUAUUCAAACAGGCCAUGAGACACUGGGAGAACUUCACUUGCGUCAAAUUCGUUGAAAGAGACGGUGAUCUCCAUAAAGACUACAUUGUUUUUACUGAACGUCCUUGUGGUUGUUGUUCCUUCGUCGGGAAGCGCGGCAGUGGUGCUCAAGCGAUCUCCAUCGGCAAGAAUUGCGACAAGUUCGGCAUUGUAGUCCAUGAGCUGGGCCACGUGGUCGGCUUCUGGCACGAACACACCAGACCCGAUCGAGAUCGACAUGUGCAGAUCAUCAGGGAUAAUAUUAUGCUAGGCCAAGAGUACAAUUUCAACAAAUUGACAGAAGAAGAAGUGAAUUCGUUAGGACAGACAUAUGACUAUGACUCCAUCAUGCAUUAUGCAAGGAACACGUUCAGUAAAGGAACGUAUCUCGACACCAUACUUCCAUUGGAGGUCCACGGGAAGAAGAGACCGGAGAUUGGCCAGAGAGUGAGACUCAGCGUCAGUGACAUAGCACAGACCAAUUUGCUGUAUAAGUGUGCAAAAUGCGGAAGGACACUGUUGGGUAACUCGGGGUGGUUCAAUUCCCCCGGGUGGGGCAGUGAGACUCCUCCGGCGACCCCAGAACGGUGUGAGUGGAGGAUCGUGGCGACACAUGGAGAAAGAGUUGUACUGAACAUUACUGAAAUCGACAUUCACAAGUCGGAAGACUGCAGGUCAGAGUGGGUGGAAGUAAGGGACGGGUACAUGCCAGACGCUCCAGUACUGGGCAGGGUCUGUGGUUCAGGCAAAGGACCUAUGAUGAGGUCCACCGGCUCAAGACUAACUGUUGUGUACCAACCUGGACCGAGACCGAAACCUCAUAGGGGUUUCAGGGCGUUCUAUGAAGCUGUAUGUGGAGGAGAUAUAGAAGUGGACAGCACAGGUCAUCUGGAGUCACCGAACUAUCCUGAUGACUAUCAACCCAACAAGCUCUGCAUUUGGAGACUUUCUGUACCACAGGACUACCAAGUAGCUCUUCGCUUCCACUCUUUCGAAGUUGAGAACCACGAUACGUGUUCCUACGACAAAGUCAAAGUUAGGGACGGUGACUCCAUGGAUAGUCCGCUCAUCGGUAUGUUCUGUGGACAUAAAAUACCUCCUGAUAUCAGGUCUACAUCCAACAAACUAUUGGUUAUCUUCGAAUCGGACAGUACAGUCCAGAAGGCUGGCUUCUCCGCGACUUUCAUGAAAGAGUUCGAUGAGUGCGCUUCUAUAGAACAUGGAUGCAGUCACUCUUGUGUCAACACCCUCGGAGGGUAUGAAUGUGCAUGUGAUAUUGGAUACGAGCUACAUUCGGAUGGGAAGAAGUGUGAAAAUGCUUGUGGAGGAUCCCUAUACUCACCAAACGGAACAAUAACGUCACCGUCGUUUCCUGACCUGUACCCACCUUCAAAGAACUGCCUAUGGGAGAUUGUAGCCCCACCACAACACAGGAUUACGUUGAACUUCACACAUUUCGAUUUGGAAGGCAACAACAUGUACCAACAGUUUAUGUAUUUCCAGGAAUGUGAGUACGACAGUGUGACGGUACACUCCAAGUUGGGAGCUGACGUGUUGAGGCGACAUGGAGUCUUCUGCGGAUCUGCGCUGCCACCGCCUGUGACGUCUGAUGGAUCUGUAUUAAGAGUUCAGUUCACAUCAGACGGCUCGGUGCACCGGUCAGGAUUUGCAGCAGCUUACUACAUCGACGUGGAUGAAUGCGCGGAGAAUAACGGAGGAUGUCAACAUGAAUGUCGCAAUACCCUCGGCGGGUACGAGUGUGCCUGCUACAGUGGCUUUACAUUACACGCCAACGCACACGACUGUAAGGAAGGAGGCUGCAAACAUGACGUCACGCAGCCACAUGGCACCAUAUUCAGUCCAAACUACCCUGCGACGUACCCGCCUCGGAAAGACUGCGUGUGGCAAUUCUCCACAACACCGGGCCACAGGAUCAAACUAGUCUUCCAGAAGUUUGAGUUGGAACCACAUCCAGAAUGCGCUUACGACUACGUGACUUUGUAUGAUGGCGCGUCAGCAGACGAGAAGACGCUUGGUCUUUUCUGUGGGAACAGGCUGCCACAUCCAAUCGUAGCGUCUCAGAACCAGAUGUAUGUGGUCUUCAAAUCCGAUGGUUCUGUACAAAGAAGCGGUUUCCUCGCUAAUCAUUCCACUGCUUGUGGUGGCUACCUGGCAGCAACAGAGGCAGUGCAACACUUAUACUCACACGCUCGUUACGGCGACAACGCGUAUGAAUCUCGGGCCAACUGCGACUGGAACAUCGAAGCUCCUCGCAACCACUUCGUGAAGCUCACCUUCUUGACAUUCGAGCUGGAACCAGAAGCCAACUGCCACUACGAUUACGUGCAAGUGUUUGGAGGAUUAGACGGCAGUGGAGGGAACUAUGGUACCUUCUGUGGAACUAAGAUGCCACCUGAAAUAGUAUCAACUUCCGAAGCCCUCCUUAUCAGGUUCCGUACAGACGAUUCUCUGGUGUUCAAAGGCUUCUCAGCAUCAUAUCAGAUGGUGAAACCCGUGUGGAGUGAAGAGGACAGCUUGGAAGGCGCUGAGUAUGAUGAAGAGGAAGAUGAGAGGAUGCCCCCUUUAGUGGUCGGCAGGAGGGGCUUGCGAGCUUCCAUGCCUCGCUUCGUACGUCGUCCUACGUGACGCUGGCCGCUACCCCGACAUCCGCGACAUCGCCGACCGCACCGCAAUAGCCGAACCUAAUCAGUUUUACAGAUUACAACAUUACUUUUAUAAUUUGGCAACACUGUUAGAAAACUAUGUAACGCUGUAGCCCGCGAAAUUUUGACGUUUAGAAUUCAUAGUUGCCAUAAUUUAUAAACAAUUUAAGUACAAUUUUGUAACAAGCUAUUUUUUGUAAUGCUAGUUUUUCUUUUUUUACUAAUUUUAUAGUAGCGCAAUGCGGUCAGUUGCUAUUAAAACAGUUGCGAUAAAGCAUCAAUAAAGACACUAUUUUGAAACGUUAUUUUUUACGACUGAAUAAAAAUGUAAAUAAAUUAAUAUUCCUAGUCUAAUUUAGGUCUAUUACUUAAAAUAGUGGUUACCAUUGUAAUACUCGUACGAGAUUAUGUAUGAAUCGCAUUAUCCUUAUAAGUGAUGUUAUUUAUUAUCAUAAUUAUUACAUAACCUAUUACCAAAGAAAUGUUCGUAGCUCUCAUUAGUAACAGUUUUUUACAUAACGUUGUUUGCAUUUUUACUAUGUAUUUUCAAGACGAAGUUAUUGUAACUGCUAAUAAAUGUUAGACAAGCGCACAUAGAAUCAUUUACAUGCAUUUAUAUACAUUAAUGUAAAUUAGAAGAUAGAAUUUGAGACAAUAUAUAAUUAUAAGUCCUAGUUUAAGAUGUAAAAAGUUAUUUUAUAAUAGGUGUUCAAUUCAUAUCAAAACGUGAAUACAUUGAUUGUAUAUUGUAUACUAUUGAAUAAGCAUUUUCCUGAAUAUUAAGUGGGUGUUUGAUUAUUUUGGCAAGCAGAAAUCAAUACUUACUCGUUACAUUUUUAACUUACUUCUUGUUUUAAUGUAAAGUACACGAAACCAAAUAUUUUAGACGAUUAAUAAUUAGAUAUUAUUAUUUUAAGAUCUCCACAUUUUUUUUCUAAGAAGUAACACAAGAAUAUUAUUUUGAUAACUUCCAAAGAUUUUUAUUUUCUUUAAAUAAGAUGUAGGUAUCGCCAGUCUCUCAUUGAGUAAUUUUGAUUUUAUAUUAUUUUGUACUUAAUUGCUAAGAACACAAAGACGAAAACGGAAUGUUACAAUUUUUGUAACUAUUUUUUUUAUUCCUGUUGAUUUGAGACGAUCAGGUUAACAUUACCGUAAUUACAUAAUUAUUAAAGUCAUAAACUAUGUUAUUAGUUGUUAUUGUGCCAAUAUAUGGAAUACUUAGUUACUGUUAAAAUGCCAUAGAGUAAAUUAGGAUAGUGUUUUGUAACUUAAUUAUGAAUAUUUAUACGUAGGAAUGUUAUUUUUAUUAAAAUGGAAUGAAAUGUA